AUGGACGAAUCUCGGCGAAGUGCAGCUACGUGCAAUUUGGAGACUGCGUUGGCCCAGCCCAAGCAGCCAUCGGGGCAGUGUCUACUGAGACUCAACCAUGACCUCAAGAACAUCAUUGACAACCCUGUGCCAGGAAUCUUCGUCGAGCCCGAAAAAGGCAACGUCACCUACGUCCACGCCGUCAUCGUGGGACCCGACAACACGCCGUGCCAGGGAGGCUUGUUCCAUUUCGUGCUCAAGUUCCUCCUUGACAACCCAGCCUGUCCACCGCAGGUACGCUUCAUGACGACAGACGGCGAAAGGGUGCGCUUCAAUCCGAACCUGUACAGCAGUGGGCUCGUCUCGCUCAGCAUUCCGGGCACGUUUCACGGACCCUCGUGGAACCCGGAGAUGACCCUUAAGACGGUGGUGGUUUCGAUCCAGUUGUUGCUCAUCGAGCAGCCGUUAGCCAACGAACCUGCACUGGGACGGGAAUUCCAAACUUGGCUUAAAAAGACGACCGGUCACAACGCCAAACAGCGCUUCCAGACCCUAACGGUCGCGAUUUGCGACGCACUUGAGGCUUGCCUCUCGGAAACUCGUCGUACCCGCAGGUCCUGCAGCAGGCUGUGA